GUGAGUAUUUGAGGAAGAAGAGGUUUAGCCGUGGUGAAGAAGAGAGUUGCCGGGAAUAUGGUCUACUAGGGCCUCGGUUGUGGAGUUCAUGAUCCUCCGGAGUCCUCUGUGGACGUAUUCGGAUGAGAUACAUGUACUAGGAAGGCGGAAGGCUGUGAGAGUUGGAGAAGAAGUCGGAGGCGCAGUUGCGGUCGGUGUUGCAUUCGCCCUCGAUCCCAUUUCUGUGUGUGUGUGUGUGUGUGGGUGUCUGUUCGGACUUCGAAGAGGCGAUCAUGGCAGAAGUUGAGUGUCCCCCCUCUCCAUCAUCGGAGGCGAAGAUGGAAGAUGCAGAUGUACCUACUGGCACGAAGAAGAAAAGGGUGUUAUUCGUUUGUGGGCACAAUGCAGGUCGAUCUAUUGCGGCAGAAGCCAUAGCCAGAAAGAACAGAUUGGACAUCCAGGUGGCAAGCGCUGGCACUGCCCCUUCUGGCAAGGUCAAUCAGGCGGUCUUGGACGCCCUCCAGGCAGCAGGUGUCCCCACUGAGGACCUUCGUUCUAAGAGCCUGGAAGAUGAUGAAGUGACCCCCUUAGACAGCUGGGAUAUGGUGAUAACCAUGGGAUGCAUGCAGAUGCAGUGUGGGACAGAUGGUGCCCUGAAAGCCAAACUGUCCGCUCAAACAAAGCUGGAGGACUGGGGUCUGCCGGAUCCUGCGAAAGAUCCGGCAGUGAUCCCCUUUAUCAUUGAAUCAAUUCAGCAGAGGGUAGCUACACUAUAGACAGACUCUGCCACAUGACAGCUCGGGGCCGGAUUUUAUCAUGAAGAAGUGAAGAAAGUGACUUCAUUCCUUCCUCUGUGCCAUUAUGCAUAUGCUGCAUUUUUUUAUUUUUUAUUUUUUUUUGGGAUUUCAAUUUGCUGUUUCUGAGAUACGUUGCCAUGUUGCUCGUUCACAGUAGCAUAGGGGGUACUAUGUGCAGCCAUACGCCGACUCAAUUGUCUUGGUCCCUCUUGGCUGUCAAUUGAGACUCUAGCAAAAGGGAGGGGAUUGGAAAGAGAGAGAAACCCGACUCUCUAGAAAAAACAGGGGAUUGCAUUCAUUGGUCUCUAGCAAAAGGAGGGCAUCGGAACGGACAGGGGUGGAUUGAUGUUACAGCGCUUGCGUGAUCGAGUCAGAGGUCGGUCACAUGCUUGACCCCGGUGGGGCCCGGUCAUUCUUGAAGUCGGUCAAAUCGUGUAUCUGAAUUCAGCAAUCUGUUGUGGCUCACCAGUUGGAGCAGGCACCCGUGAGGGAUGAUUAAAAAAAUAAAAAUAAAAAUAAAAAUUGUGGCUCACAAGAUUAAUCAUGGGUAUUAAAUGCAUUGCUUAUGAAACAUCUCAAAUAAGGUUGACUUACUGAAUUCAGUGAAUUCAACUGAAUAAUUGUGAUUCAAUACAAUUAAAAAGAAACUUAAGAAAGGGCAAUUUGUAUUUGUAGUAAUUUGUACAUAGAUAAUAUCGUAGGGCAUUUGACGUC